CCCUGGCCGGAGUGGAGAUGCAGCCGCCGCCCCGAAAAGUGAAGCCGGCCCAGGAGGUCAAGCUUCGCUUCCUGGAGCAGCUGAGCAUCCUUCAGACCCGGCAGCAGAGGGAGGCCGAUCUGCUGGAGGACAUCAGGUCCUACAGCAAGCAGAGGGCAGCCAUUGAACGGGAAUAUGGACAGGCACUCCAGAAACUGGCUGGGCCAUUCCUGAAGAGGGAAGGUCACCGGAGUGGGGAGAUGGACAGCAGGAUGGUGUUUGGUGCCUGGCGCUGCCUGCUGGAUGCCACCGUGGCUGGGGGCCAAGCCCGGCUUCAGGCGUCUGACCGAUACCGUGACCUGGCAGGGGGCACAGGGCGGAGUGCCAAGGAGCAGGUGCUCAGGAAGGGAGCAGAGAACCUCCAGAGGGCGCAAGCUGAGGUGCUGCAGUCUAUCCGGGAGCUGAGCCGAAGUCGGAAGCUAUAUGGCCAGCGAGAACGUGUGUGGGCCUUGGCACAGGAGAAGGCGGCUGAUGUCCAGUCUAGAUUGAACCGAAGUGAUCACGGGCUCUUCCACACUCGGACCAGUCUCCAGAAACUCAGCACCAAGCUGUCUGCCCAGUCAGCCCAGUACUCCCAGCAGCUGAGAGUAGCCCGCAAUGAGUACCUGCUCAACUUGGUGGCCACCAAUGCCCACCUUGACCACUACUACCAGGAGGAAUUGCCAGCCCUGCUCAAGGCCCUGGUCAGUGAGCUGUUGGAACACUUGAGGGACCCCCUGACCUUCCUAAGCCGCACUGAGCUGGAAGCUGCAGAGAUGGCCCUGGAGCAUGCCCGCCGUGGAGGGCAGGCAACCUCCCAGGUAAGCUGGGAGCAGGAUCUGAAGCUCUUUCUUCAGGAGCCUGGAGUAUUUUCCCCUACACCGCCUCAGGAGUUUCAGCCUGCAGGGACUGAUCAGGUGUGUGCCCUGGAGCUGGAGGAGGACACAGGAGGCAUGGCAGGGGACCAUAGCCUGGAGAAGGAGGUUCAGCGCUGGACGAGCCGAGCUGCCCGAGACUACAAGAUCCAGAACCAUGGGCAUCGGGUGCUGCAGCGGCUGGAGCAGAGGCGACAGCAGGCUCCAGAGCGGGAGGCUCCAGGUAUAGAUCAGCGGCUGCAGGAAGUGAGGGAGAGCAUCCGGCGGGCACAGGUGAGCCAGGUGAAGGGGGCUGCCCGGCUGGCCCUGCUACGAGGAGCUGGCCUCGAUGUGCAGCGCUGGCUAAAGCCAGCCAUGACCCAGGCCCAGGAUGAGGUGGAGCAGGAGCGACGGCUCAGUGAGGCCCGGCUGUCCCAGAGGGACCUCUCUCCCACGGCUGAGGAUGCUGAGCUCUCUGACUUUGAGGAAUGUGAGGAGACAGGGGAGCUCUUUGAGGAGCCUGCCCCGGCAGCCUUGACCACUAGGCCCCUCCCCUGCCCUGCACAUGUGGUGUUCAGCUAUCAGGCAGGGCAUGAGGAUGAGCUGACCAUCACAGAGGGCGAGUGGCUGGAGGUCAUAGAAGAGGGAGAUGCUGAUGAAUGGGUCAAGGCUCGAAACGAGCACGGCGAGGCAGGCUUUGUCCCUGAGCGGUAUCUCAACUUCCCGGACCUCUCCUUCCCUGAGAGUGGCCACGACAGCGACAAUCCCUCAGGGGCAGAGCCCACAGCCUUCCUGGCCCGUGCCCUAUAUAGCUACACAGGACAGAGUGCAGAGGAGCUGAGCUUCCCCGAGGGGGCGCUUAUCCGCCUGCUGCCCCGGGCCCAGGAUGGAGUGGAUGAUGGCUUCUGGAGGGGAGAAUUCGGGGGCCAUGUGGGGGUUUUCCCCUCCCUGCUAGUGGAGGAGCUGCUUGGCCCCCCAGCACUGCCUGAACUCUCAGACCCGGAACAGAUGCUGCCAUCUCCUUCUCCUCCUAGCUUCUCACCUCCUGUGCCCACCUCUGCCUUGGAUGGAGCCCCUGCACCUGUGCUGCCUGUGGACCAAGACCUGGACUGCCCUGGACCCCUGGACAUGAUGGUACCUCGACUCAGGCCGAUGCGUCCACCGCCUCCCCCACCAGCUAAAGCCCCGGAUCCUGGCCACCCAGAUUCUCUCACCUGAAGCCAGGGGGAUUGCUGUCCCCCCAGUGAUGCUGCUGUUCCUAUUCCUAUGAUGUCAGAGACCAACCCCUCAAUGAUCUGGAGUGACACAGCCAAAAGCUGCAGUCUCCCCCAUUUCCACUCUCACCUCCGGGGGUAGAAACUUUCCGUCUCCCCAUUUCUGGGGCUGGAACUCACUCCUUUUCCCCCAUCAUACUUCUGCUAUCUCUUGGGCUGGAACUACCCCUCUUUCUUCUGCCACCACCCCAUCUGUAGGGUGGUGAAAUAUUCUGAAAUCUCUGGGGCUGGAACCCAUCUUCCAAAGUCUUGAGUGGCUCCAGCCCAUCUGUGUCUCCACCCUGGCUCUGUGACCCACCCCACCGGGUCUGUGACCCAUGGCCACUGGGGUUGGGGGCUGGGACAGGAGCAGGCCUGUCAAAAGGAGCUGGAGCCAGUAUGCAAAACAGCUGUAAUGGUCUGAGCGGAUUUAUUGACAGUGAAUAAAGGGCACUAAGCCCAAGCCAGGGCCUGGGCCUCUUGUGCCAAGAGGGCAGGGGGCCUAAGGUGCUAUUGCUUUAAGGGCCCACCGAGGGCAGGGGCCUGCUCCCAGCUGCCACGCUCUAGCAAAUGGAGCGAGGUGAUGGGGAAGGGGUCAGGCGGCCUGUUGGCAGGCAGGGGAAGUGAAAGAGACUGAGGGAUGGGGGUGGGGAGACUUCUCCUGAGGUCCCCCAGCCUGAAACCAUGCAACUCCAGAUGGACGUAGAGCUGGUUCCUCAGCUGGGGGGCAGUGCUGUCCAGUGGAAAGGAGCUCCUUUAUGCCCACCCACCCCCUGGCCCUGCCAGCUCGUAGUCCCAUCAGCACAAUGAAGAAGGAGCCUUGGAGGAGAGGAAGGGUAACAGUGUUGCUUCCUAUUCAGGAUGUGUCUCAGCUUUUCCCCCGGGGGCUGCAGGACCUUCCCUGUCUCCUGGAGCACAUGCCCACUCCCCACCGCUAAACCAAAGACUUUGUAGCAAAGGCCAUCCCUGGGAGUACAGCGAGCUAAUGGGCUUAGGUGGUGUACGUAGGGGGUGGGAGUGUAGGGGGUGGGAGAAUGAGAUUAUCUGAUUUGGGGCCCAAGCAGACUCACCUCACACACCCCCUGCUCCCCGUGGUGGGGACACCUGUGAGAGAGAAGUGGUCAACAAUGGGAGAACAGGAUGUGGGUCAUAAAAGUGCCAUCUCCCCCGCACCCAGGGUAGGAGGCAAUAAGAGCUGAGCCCACCGUAGCCCUGCCCAUGCCUUCAUACCUGGU